UCCUCCCACCACGCGCAUAGAAAAUGGCCGACAACCAGCCAGUGUUGCGCGCGAUUCCGAACGCGAGCGCACGCGCCGAUGUCCCAUACACUCGAGUUUAAAAAUCGAACGAAACAGUGGUGUUGAAGUGGUCUAGAUAACAAAUCCUAAAUUGAAAUUCCGUCAGUUGCUUUUCAAAUACCAGUGACAGUUCAGUGACGUUGUUUUAAGGAUUGAUAUUUAUUUUUUCUACAAAAUAGCAAUUGCGAAUAGAUAAGUGCGCGCUAUUGUUUGCUUUGUUGACUUGCAGCAGCUGUCAAAAUAUUACGGAUUAUCAAGGUAAAACUGCAAAAUAAUCACCACAACAUUACUGAACGACAACUUUGGUUUAGGCUUUCACGACUUGACUGGACAAGUGGGGAGUCUUCACUUUCACGCGGUAAAACGUGCAAGACCACAGAAAAACCUACAUAAUCGCCUAAGAUCUGUGCCGCUGACCUACAAGAACUAACCCAGAAAAUCAAGAUUGGAUCUCAUCAUGACUUAUUAGAAAAUAAAGGCUGAAUGAUACAAUCAACUUUACUACUGAAUCAAUUAAAAAGUAAAAAUUAAAAAAUAUAAUGCCACGGACGAUCGUGCUCUGAACUUCCGACGUUCGAAUUUUGAAAAUGUGCGUGACGUAGUAGUCAAAGACUAAAUAUGGCGCAUAAAGUGAAGAAUAACCAUUAUGUGGCGACACACCGGUCGGGCGUAGAUUCGCCGUCUUCCGGGGCAUAUCUACAUAGAGCGUCGUUAAGGGACGAGAAUGAUAGCCACAGAGCUCCCUCUGAGAGGACGUUGUCGGAAUAUACGACAAUGGACGAAAGAACGCGCUCACCUUCCGGCGGUGGCGAGCACAGAAACGGUGAUCACCGGAAUGGUGACCAUCGGAACGGUGACCCCCGAAAUGGUGACCAUCGGAACGGUGACCCCCGAAAUGGUGACCAUCGGAACGGUAGGAGACACCACUCCAACGGAUCUCCACGGGCUGACUCAGGUUCUGAUGUGUACGUCACCAGCGCUGCGUAUCGACCACCUUCUGAAAUUAGUCGGCAAUCCCGAGCGCCUCGCAGCGUGUACUCGUACCGAAGCGCGGUGGCGCCCUCUGUCGCCUCCACGCACCGCUCCAAAGUGUCCAGAAAGGCGGGAGUGAAAGUGGACGCGAUGGCGGCACCCAACCCAUUCUGUCCGAACGUGAAGGGCAUGUGCUGUCUGAUGCUGCUGCUGAACCUGGGCCUAAUCCUCGUGACCCUCGGCUUCGUCAUCGUGCUGCAGUUCUUCGAGCCGCUCUUUGUGUGGAUCCUAGGCAUAGUCUUCCUCAUAUUCGGCUUCAUCACACUUCUCGGCAGUUUGAUCUACUGCGUGGUGUUAUGCAGAGAGAACCCCUACCCACGAUACCCAGACGACUUCUACUGGACCCACCACUGGUCGAAGACCAUAGGCCCGUCCGAGAUUCACUACAGUGCUAGUGAAAAACCAUACAGACAAAACGGACACAGUGAUAGGUAUAAUAAAUACAACGGCAAGUAUUCUGACAGAGAAAGUGCGAAAGGAUAUUCUGACAGAGAAAGCAAACUUAGUAGGUACUGAAAAAGACCUUUUUAGGUUGUCGCGUUUUUGAGCGCCAAUUUUGACAGCUCAUAUUUUUUUAGAACGAGUAAGUUUUUAAACGUAAGGAAAGCGCGGGUAAACAUUUGUAGCUUACUGAUAACUAGGCAGCCUUUCUUUAAAUGGUAUCUUAGCCUGAUCUUUUAA